CAGGCAAAUUUCCCCAACCUGCGGCGCCUUUUCAUCGAGGCGAGGACCGACAGCGAGGAAAGGGAUGUGUCCAGGAAAGCUUUCUACAACGCAGUCCUCUUCUUAGGAUCGGUUACAGUAUUUAGCUUGAUCGCUCAGAGGAUGAAUGCGACAAAGUGA